CCAUCUAUUGAAAAUUAAGAAGAACAGCUCAUCCAUCCAACCUUACUACACGUCUUUUGCUAUUCCGUUGUUUUCUGUCAUAUAAUACAAUCGCAAUCUGAAUUUUAUAUAUUGUGGGCCUUAGUUUCGUGCAAAAGACUACAAAUUAUAAUGUGUAAGAGAGAAAUGUAAACAAACAUUCAAAGGAAGAUCGUGAUUACAAAAAUUAUUAAUUUGGGAGCGAUGGCGAGACAGUCCGAUCUAUCACGCUUAUGAAUACAUACACAAACCAAGUUCCUGAUGCGUGUAUAUAGUUGGUCGUAGGGAUGGACACGUUGCACGUCGACCAUGGGCACAGCAAGGGGUCGAGCAGGAGCCAGUCGCCUUCGACAGCGGACCUCGCGCGGGAUCCCGCGGUUGUGACCGAUGAUGCCGUCAUCAGGUCGAGGGUGCAGUCACCGUCUACAGUGCAUCAUGUUGUCAGUGAGCCAUCAUCCAGCUCGUCGUCCCGGCAUGGCGACCGGGCGCACCACGUCAAGUCCCACUCCCGGGAUCUCGGCAACAGUCCACUCUCAGCCAAUACCACCGUCAACAGUUCUAGAGACUUGGAAGACUCGCCGCAGAAGAAAAUCCUUCCCGGUCUUAUAGCCCCGGGUGAUUACUCCAGCUCGGUGUACAGUCCCAACGUGUCGUAUGCGUUGUCAUCAGCCGACGAGUAUGGGUCACCUGCUUAUAGAGGUCAAGAUGGAGAUUAUGCAAAUCAAGACGAGAGUGACGGAGCGAACGUGACGUCAUCGAAGGCGCUGGCGGCCAUCGCACACCUCAACACUAAGAUAGAGCGGACGAAGGACCUCAUACGAUUGGAACAGACGAUACGGGAUGAUAACGUCAACGAGUACCUAAAGCUAGCAGCAAACGCAGACAAACAACAACUCCAGCGCAUAAAGGCAGUGUUCGAGAAGAAAAACCAGAAAAGCGCGCUAUGUAUCGCUCAACUACAAAAGAAGUUAGAAGGCUACAACAAACGGAUCAAAAACUGGGAGGUGAGAAUAAGGCAACACGGCUCCAGCGGGCAGGCGCACCGCCAGCCGCGGGAGGUGCUGCGCGACAUGGGGCAGGGGCUCAAGAACGUAGGCGGCAACAUCCGCGACGGCAUCACCGGCCUGGGCGGCAGCGUGAUGGCGGCGCCGCGCGAGUUCGCGCACCUGUUCUCUCGCUCCAACCGCUUCGGGUCCGCCGACAACAUCGCACAGCUGGCCGAGAACACGGGUCCUUCGAACGCGUCAUCGGAAGGCUCUCGAGCGUCCGAGGCUGGUGAGGCAGCCGCUCCGAGAGGCUCCACACUACCUCGGGCGGCGACAUCACCAGCGCCCAAGUACUCGCCGGAGGCUUCACCCAGCUCGUCCGUGACCAGUGAGGGGGCGCCGUAUCCAACCCAACCUGGUUCAAACAAUAUUUCGGAAACAACGUUCACGUUGAAGCCGAUACUCAAUGAGUUGCGCGAGCGCAGGGAGGAUUACGAAAGGCUGUCUGAGAAGAUAGAUGCGUUAAAGAACUUGUCACAAGAGGUGUCGUUCCUGUCGGCCGCGUUGCAAGAGGAACGCUUCAAGACUGAGCGACUGGAGGAGCAAAUCAAUGAUCUCACUGAACUACACCAGAAUGAGGUGGAGAACCUAAAGCAAGCGCUAACGGACGUGGAGGAGAAGGUGCAGUACCAGAGCGAGGAGAGGAUACGAGAUAUACACGAAGCCCUCGAUCUGUGUCAGACUAAAAUCAGCAAGCUGGAGCAGUGGAUGGCGGGCGGCGGGGGCGGCGGCGGCGGCGCGGGCGGCGGCGGCGAGGCGGGCGGCGCGGGCACGCUGCCGCCGCGCCUGCUGCUCGUCAAGCUGCUCAACGUGGCGCUCACGCUGCUGCAGCUGGCGCUGCUGCUCGUCGCCACCGUCGCGGGGGUCGCCAUGCCCUUCCUCAGGACCAGAGUCCGCGUCUUAACAACGAGCCUGGCAGUGAUGCUGGGCGUGAUGGUGCUGAAGCAGUGGCCGGAGGUCACGCAGCUGUCCGAGCACCUGCUGCGGCGCCUCAAGGAGUACCUGCUCGACAAGCACCACGACAGGUAUGAAUGCAAGUCAUUAUGUGGUUGAUUUUGUCAAAAUCAGCAUCGCUAGUGGAAUUUUAGGUGUUAUUGCAAUUGUGUCCUGGGAAACUGCGUUAAUUAUAUGUACGGCGAUCGCGUUAAGGUAAACACUGUUCGGUUAAACUAACAAUAAUUAUAAAACAAAAUGUAAAGAUCUCUUACAAUAUCUUUAAAAACAAGUAAUAAUUAACAAUUAUUUUAUUCUGAAGGAAUUAUGCCUACUGAGAUUAAUAUAAUUAUAUUACAUAUAAAUGGUCAGUUGCGGUGACAGUUCUGAAACGCGUUAGAUUAACUUAGCAGUAAAUAUUAUUUACGUUUGGACUCGCCAUGAGGUGAUAAAUAAAUAAUUAAAUGCUUAAUAGUCAAACAUUCGUGAAUAAUUAUAUUUUAAUCUGAAUGAAGCGAUGCUUUUAAAUAGCCCAUCCAUAAAAAAAUAUUUUCAAAUGAUUUUGUUUUUCAAUUUGAUAAUUGCAAUGUUUACUUAUUAAGCAAUUGUUAUACUCAAUCAUAGUACGCUCUCUGUUUUCAUAGAAAAUAUAAAUAUAAUAAUUAAAACAACUCUUUAUUUAUCAACUCAUGUCAACGCGCCGUGGUGUAAGUAUACUUAUUUCAGUGAUAUUUCUCUAUUACUAUAAUUUAAGUGAAAUAUUAAAUGACCAAAAAUGGAUCGAGGUAUCUCGCUUUCAUUGGUAUAAUCAUUAAAAAUAUUAAGCUUUUAAAGUAAUUACCGACUGACCAUUAUUAGAAUCCAAAUUCAUUUAUAAUUAAGAUCAUGGUCACUGGUUAUAAUAAACUUCUGGUUAUAGAUUUCUAGGUCCGUUAUUGGUCAGUUAAUUUAAGUAGUGAUUUUACAUGAACAAACAAACGGGCUGGGCCCUCUAGAUAUUUGAUGAUUUAUUCUAAACUUUGUAAUCGGGUGGACUCAUUAGCGAUUGUUUUGUGAUAAUAAUUGACUAGAUUUUUUUCUAAACACAAACUUAUAACUUAAUCCCUUUUAAUAAAAAAAGUUUUUUGAAAUACUUGUUGACAUUUACCAGCUUAUAUAAUGCCAAAAUACAGGUAUUAUUAUCCAGAUUAUUUGUUGAUUCUCAAUAGAUACAUACUGAUAACUAGACAAGCCUCCUUAGAUACUGGCAGUCAGACAAAUGCUAUAGGUACAUGGUACAAUCCAAUCGCUAAUAAUUCCACCUGGAACCUAACGUUAUCGAUGCUUAUAAUUAUUGCUCACAUGUAACUCAGUUCUAAAUACGAGAGCAUUGUCAAACACAUUGUGCUUGUCAAACAAUAUAAACAUGCCUUCACAUCGCGUAUUUCUUGUUAGUCUGUGGAAAGUCCAUGCUCAUAUUGUCUAUGACAAACACAGAAUUUGACAAGUAAACUUUUUAAACCGACAAGGCUGAAUGGUUUAAUAAUCUCGAAUCUGUUGAAAAAAUAUGAAUUAACUAUUUUAGGUGAAGGAUAAUAAUAAAUUACUUCAUUGAGUUUGUACAAAUUGUAGUUAAUGGGGGGAGGGGGGCGGGAUUGUGCGGGUGUUGAGUUGCCAUCACAAUGUUUUAUACGUUCAGACAUUGGUUCUAAAUAUAUUCAUUAUUUUUUAUAUUGAAUUUAGUCAAAUAUUUGUGGAACACUAAAUAUGAAUCGUCAUAGUUUGCGGCUCCAUUGUCUACAGAAAUAUAAAGCUAUGGAGUCCAAAAACAGUCAAUUCAUACUUUAGUUGUUUUUAUUAAUGUGACGUUAUUUAUUGAAUUAAAUUAUUAAUUAAUUAAUUACUCUAUAUGUUUACAGUUUGUUUCAUGAAUUAAAAACUGUACGACAUAUAAAAAUGUGAAAAUUCGAUUAAUUAGCAAUAAUACACGAUAUGCAUAAAGAUGGUUUUGUAUUAAAAUCAUUUUACAAUUAUCACUCAUACUGAUACAUUUUUUUACGAAUAUACUACAUCGUAAGCGAUAAAUCUAAAAUAGUUUUUGUCUACAGUGCUUCAAAAUAGUUUCGGCUAGAGUCGUAAAUAGUAAUAUGGUGUGAAACCGAUAUUUAUCAGGUGUUGAUCUGAUCUAGUUUAUCCUUCGUAUUUAUAUGAGAACAUUCCAAAAUUUCUUACUGAGUAGACUAUGGCAGAAGAUUGGUCAAGUCAGGGUGCCCACAAACGAAAAAUACGGUGCAAAAUUACUAAUAUUUUCGUGAAAACUCGUUGAAUUCCCACCUUGCUGAUAACGUAGCUUUAAAUCUUAGAAGUAGUUUAGGUUCUAAAUUUUUAUCGUUUUUUCGGCUCUCUGACUUGACCACAGAACUACAACUUUAUAGAUAUCGCCCAAUUAUUACCAUCCAUGUUAUAACGAUGUACAAAGCAUUAAUUUCUCAAUCGUUGUGUAUAUGUAUGUAAAUAUUAUUUUAUUGAACCCACUAUUUAUGUAGUGAAGUAAUCGAAAUUGUUAUCACUUAUUUUGUAUUGAGUUGUAUGUUGAGUAUGUGCAAAUAUUACAAAUGAAUAUAGGAAAUUGAUUCGGGAUAUGGCUUGUGAAGUUUUGGUACUCUAUAUCAACAUUAUUGGUUCCUGUAAUUGCUUGUAUAAAAGUUUUUUCCUCUUUCAAAGUAGAAUAUUGUAAAAAAAAUUAAGAUCAUUAAGUAAUAAAGUUUAAAAGUUGAUUUUCAGUACCAAAACAGCUUGUCCUGUUAUAGUGAUAUCUACGUUUGUAUAAAUACUGCAAUGCCUUAUAAACACCAAUAUGUCACAAUACUGUAUGACCAACUGUUAGGCACUAUAUUGUGUUAUAAUAUACAGUUUGUUUCAAAGUUCACAAUAUAAUAUGUAUGUUAAAAUAUGUAAAAGUAUUAAUUUUCGUUGCCGGCUAUGGAUUGAAUUAAAUCAUCACAAUUUUAUUCAAA